CUGCUGUCUCCUGUGUCUCCUGCAUUAGCAAGUGGAGUCUUUGCCACUUGCACCACCUAGGAAGCCCAUGUACUUACGGAUAUACAUGUAUCCUUAUGAAAAUAUAUCUCCCCAGCACUACCGAAGAGGAGCAUCACCCCAAUGGCUUCAGCCGUACCCUUGACAAUGAUGUGGGAGGAGGUCACGUGCUCUAUCUGCCUGGAUCCCAUGGUGGAGCCUAUGAGCAUUGAAUGUGGUCAUAGCUUCUGCCAGGGGUGCAUCUCUGAGGUCGGGAAAGAAGGAGGUAGCGUCUGCCCUGUGUGCCGGCGCCGCUUCCUGCUCCAGAAUCUCCGGCCCAAUCGACAGGUAGCCAACAUGGUGGACAACCUUAGAAAAAUCAGCCAGGGUGCCAAGGAGGACCCACACGGGGAGCUGUGUGUGGUGCACAGAGAGAAAAUUCACCUCUUCUGUGAGAAAGAUGGGAAGGCCCUUUGCUGGGUGUGUUCCCAGUCCCAGAAACACCGUGAUCAUCCCAUGGUCCCUAUUGAGGAGGCUGCUCAGGAGUACCAGGAGAAGCUUCAGGUGGCACUAAAGAAACUAAGAGAUAAGCAGGAGAUGGCUGAGAAGCUGGAAUUGGACAUUGCAAUGAAGAAAGCAUCCUUUAAGGGGAAGGUAGAGGCGCAGAAAUUAAGAAUUCAUGAAGAGUUUAUAAGGCAGAAAAACUUCCUGGCCGAAGAGGAGCAGAAGCAACUGCAGAAACUAGAGGAGGAGGAGAGGCAACAGCUGAGAACACUGGGGGACACAGAGGCCAGGCUGGCACAGCAGAUCCAGGCCCUGCAGGAACUGAUCGCAGAGGUAGAGAGGAGGAGGCGGGGCUCAGCGCUGGAGCUGCUACAGGAGGUGAAAAGUGUCCUGGAAAGGAGUGAAUCAUGGAACCUGAAGGAGGUGGAUGUCGCGUCCACAGACCUGAGGAAUGUAUUCUAUGUGCCCGGGAUUAAGAAGAUGCUGAGGACAUGUGGAGUAUACAUCACCCUGGAUCCACAGACAGCCAAUCCAUGGCUCAUCCUUUCAGAGAAUCGGAGACAAGUGAGGCUUGCAAACACCCGGCAGGACGUGCCUGAAAAUGAGGAGAGAUUUGAUACUUACCCCAUGGUACUGGGUGCCCAGCGCUUUGACUCCGGAAAAGUUUACUGGGAAGUAGAUGUGACGGGAAAGGAAGCCUGGGACCUGGGUGUUUGUAGAGACAAUGUGAGGAGGAAGGGGCAGUUUUUGCUCAACUCUGACAAUGGCUUCUGGAUGAUCUGGCUGUGGAACAAACAAAAAUAUGAGGCUGGCACCUGCCCCCAGACUCCCCUCCACCUUCAGGUGCCUCCAAGCCGAAUUGGGAUCUUCCUAGAUUAUGAGGCCAGCACUGUCUCUUUCUACAACAUCACUGACCAUGCCUCCCUCAUCUACACCUUCUCUGAAUGUGCCUUUGCUGGACCUCUGCGGCCCUUCUUCAAUCCUGGUUUCAAUGAUAGAGGAAAAAACUCAGCCCCUCUGAUCCUCUGUCCACUUUAAGACCUGCUGGUAGGGAUCUAGAUGAUUCUCUCUGGACACAAGCAACCCCUCUGUUGGUUCCACUCCUCAGCCAGUGGCCCUGUCUCAUGUGCCCAUGAACUGCAAACCACCUUCGUCUCUGCAGAUGUAUCAGGAUGCCACAGGCAAACUGGCACCAAGGUCACCCACGGUCUAUGUCAAAUGACCUACAGCACCAGGAUUCCUGCCCUAUGUUGCUUUAUGAUUUCCUCCAUGAAACAAACUACUUGCAUUUGGCCCCCAAACUCAUCUGGAUCAACUAAAGCAUGUUUCUGCCUUCUUCAUGUGACUCAAGUUUUGCUUUUUCCUCUCCAUCUCUAGGCUUUUGGUCCAGUCUCUACUAUGUAUCUUGCAAAGUGAAAGUGAAGUCACUCAGUCAUGUCCAACUCUUUACAACCCCAUGGACUGUAACCUACCAGGCUCCUCUGUCCAUGGGAUUUUCUAGGCAAGAGUACUGGAGUGGGUUGCCAUUUCCUUCUGCAGAGGAUCUUCCCAACCCAGGGAUUGAACCUGGGUCUCCCGCAUUGUAGGCAGAUGCUUUACCAUCUGAGCCACCAGGGAAGUCCCAUGUAUCUUGCACAGGACUUCCUAAAUAAAUUGGUCUCAAUCUAUCCCAUCAUUCCUAUCUUGUAUACCUCAAGGUUUAUCUUCCCAACAUGCAUCUGAUCAAGAGUGGCUUCACAGUGCCUAUAGGAAAACAGGCAUUAACUUUUAAAAUAAAGGCUGAAUUAAGCAGACCUUAGGUUGCUGUGUUAAAUAUCUAACCAGCUGUGAUCCAUCAUUUCCACUGUUAUCUCCCAACCACAUCUUGUUGAUAGUGGUGUUGGUUAAAGAAUGUAUCAACAUAAAUGGCCAGUGUGAUAGUUUUUUGAUAGACCAACUUGCCUAGGCUAUAAGCCCCCAGGUUUUCAAUCAAACACUAAUCUAGAUUGUUGCUAUGAAGGUAUUUUUGUAGAUGUCAUCAAAGUCCAUAAUGAUUUGACUUUAAAUAAGGGAGGUUGUCCUAGAUAAGGUGGGUGGGCCUAAUGUUCAAUCAGGUGGAAGUCUAAGGGUGGAUCUGAGACUCCUGUGAAGAAGAUAGUCCACUUGUGAAUAGCAGCUUCAACUCAUGCCCAAGAGUCUGAACUUCACCUUCCUGGAUAAUCUGCCCUGUGGAUUUUAUGACUUGUCUUGCCAGCCCUCCCAGAUGUAUAAGUGAAUUUCUUACCAUAAGCAAAUCUCGUAAUAUUUAUUUCCUGUUCUCUACCAGUUGAAUCCUAACUGGUGUGAAGGCCAGGAAGAGGGUAACAGCAUCACCUGAUUUCAGCACACACUUUUCUUGAAUUUAAACUUUUUAAGUUGACACAAUUAAGUUCUACAUGUGAACAUCAGCAGGCUGCCUGAGAGCCACUGUCCUUCCAGGAAAUGUGAUUCCUUAUCUAAAAUAGAAUCUCAGAUUGCCCUUAGCACAUAUGCUAAAUAUUUCAUGAAAAACUUAGAUACUACACAAAGAUGUCAGUGACCUCAAAAAAAGCUGUUGUUUUUAGGUCUCUCUUAACAUUGGACAGAAAGAAGGUACUUUGAUGGAAAGAUAGCAACAACAGAAUCCUCAGGCAAGAGACAACAUCACAGAGCUAACUCAAUGUAAGUUGCCAAAGGUGACCAGUGCUUUGGUUGAUACACGAGAGAGAAUAUGGAGAAUUCAAUUCAUCAUGAAUGGGAUGUGCUGGGGAAGGGUUGGAUUUCUGUAUAUCCAACAUGGCUCAAAAAGAAAUAUUUUUUAUUAGAAGGGUAGAUUAUGAAAUCAGCUUUUCUGCUUCUCUGCUUUGGGGGUGGCCACUGUAAUUGAUGGUGUGUUUUUUUCCCGUUCAGUUGAUAUGCUGAUAUGAGGACACUGCCAAAAUGAUAUAAACUUAAAUAAAUUUUUAUUUCUCAAAAUC